AUGACGGGCAUUUGGAGGGCAGAGAAUGCCUCCACUUUAGCUCUUCCCGCCUUUGUCAUGCAGCUUUUAGCCAUCCUCUCCCUCAACCGCCUUCUCACCUUCGCUUUCAGAUACUUGCACAUUUCUCGCAUUGCUGCUGAGAUUCUUGGUGGUAUAUUAUUAGGUCCGUCUGGAAUCGGCUUCUCGGAGUUUUCCAUAAAAAAUAUAACUCAAUGGGGAAGUAUACAGACCUUAGAAAACAUAGCCAGCGUGGGGCUGAUUUACUUCAUGUUCAUAGUCGGCCUAGAAAUGGACCUUAAACCCGUCCUCCGCGGCAGCAAGAAGGCGCUCACCACCGCCCUCGCCGGCAUCAUAAUCCCCUUCCCCAUCGGCUUCGGUCUCCACUAUCUCCUCAUCGAUGACUUUGCCGUAAUCUCCAAAGGCAAGCCCAACCGCUUCGGCCCCCUCUUCUGGGGCCUCGCCAUCGCCACCACCAACUUCCCCGACCUCGCUGGCCUUCUAGCCGACCUAAAACUCCUCCACACUGACGUCGGCCGCACUUCCUUAACCUCCGCCGUCGUCUCCGAUCUCCUUUGCUGGUUCCUUUUCGUCCUCACGAUGGCCACAGCUCAUAAUGGACGGGCUUUCACCAUUGUCACUACCACGAUUUAUGUUGGCUUUUGCUUCUUCAUCGUGCGCCCCGCCGCAAAGUGGGCGCUCCGGCGGACGAGCAAGGACGAGAACUACAAUCAGAAGCACAUUGUUUUCAUCUUGGCCGGGGUUUUGCUCAGCGCUUACAUAACCGACGCCUGCGGCUCGCACUCCUUCUUUGGGGCUUUUCUUUUCGGAGUCAUCUUGCCGAAAGGUGAGCUGAAGAACGCGGUGAUGGAGUCGGUGGAGGACUUCGUGUCGGAGAUUCUGACGCCGCUCUUCUUCUUCUGCAUCGGGUUGAGGACCAACUGGCAUUGGAUGCACGAGAGGGGAGUUGGCGCAGGAAGCAUUCUGCUGGUUUUAGUGCUGGCGUUCGUGGCCAAGGUUUUUAGCACUUUCAUAGUCGCUUUCUUUGUCAACAAAAUGUCAGCUAGGGAUGGCGUGGCGCUUGGACUCCUCAUGAACACCAAAGGCUUGCUCUCACUCAUUAUCAUCAAUGCUGGCCGAGACAUCUUGGCUUUGGACAUGCAAACAUUUGCGGUGAUAGUCUUAGCUCUAUGGAUAAUGACGGCAGCAGUGGGACCAAUACUGGCCCUAACCUACAAAUCCAAACGACGUCCGGGAGUAUACAAGUACAGAACAAUUAGAAGCAUAGAAGGCAACUCAGAGUUCCGAAUCCUUGCCUGCCUUCAUUCCACCCGCAACUCUGGCGGCCUCGUCAGCCUCCUCAAGGACUCCAACCCCACCAAACAGUCCCCCAUCUCCGCCUUUGCGGUCCACCUUGUCGAGCUCAUCGGCCACGCCUCUGCCAUGCUCAUCGUCCACGAAACCUGCAAGGCCAACGCCUCCGGUGGCGGCAGUGGCGCUGCCGCCAAGGACGUCGGUUCACAGUACGGGGACAGUAUCCACGAGGCUUUCGAGGACUUGGAAGGCGAGAAUUUCUCAAUCCAGUCACUCACCGCUGUCUCUGCCUACAGCACCAUGCAUGAGGACAUCUGCAGCCUCGCGGAGGACAAGCGCGUGACACUCACGAUCCUCCCAUUCCACGUCCAGUCGUCAGUGGAAGGAGUUGGAGUAGGAGCUGUCUCCGAGAGCGGCGCCAAUUCUCCUUUCCGAGCCGUCAACAAGAACGUCCUCGACAAUGCAGCCUGCUCGGUGGCGGUUUUCGUCGACCGCGUCUUCAACACGCACUCGCUCGGAAUCUCCGCCAGCGGCAGCGGCGGAGGCGGCUUCCGCCACCAAAUUGCGAUGAUCUUCCUCGGCGGACGCGACGACCGAGAUGCGCUGGCUUACGCGUGGAGGAUCUCCAAGAGCCCGAGGGUGUCCUUAACCGUGAUAAGGUUCCUCCCAGGGAAAAACGCCGUCGAUGUAAGUGGUAACAUCCCAGGAUUCGAGGGUGACGACAAAGAGGACGACGGGAUUCUGAAGGCCAUAGCGGAAAGCGAGAGAGAGAAGCCGUUGGACGACCAGUACAUCGAGGAGUUCAAGCUGAAAACAAGGGACCAGCCAUCAACAAGGCUAGUGGAACAGGUAGCUGACAAUGGAGAAGACGUUGUGAGGAUAGUGAGCGGCAUGGAAGGCCGAUACAACUUGUACGUCGUCGGGAGAGGGAAAGGCGUGGUGUCGCCGCUCACAGCGGGGCUGUUGGACUGGUCGGAGUUUCCGGAAUUAGGCCCGUUGGGGGACGUUCUAGUGUGCUCGAGCUUCGCGGCCGAUGCGUCGGUGUUGAUUGUGCAGCAAGGGGCUGGGUCUGUGGAUGAGAAUGAGGGAUUGGGACAAGUGAGAGAGCAGUUUGGGCACAUGACGUGGCACCCGCCGGAGAUGAACUCAAGCUUCGCGCCAUUCAUUCACCGCAGAGUUAGGGUUACUGAUGAUGAUGAUCAUCUUUGA